GCGAUUUUGUAACAUUAAUGCAAAGAUAGUGGAAAAGGACUCUUUACAGCAACUAUUAAAGUUAGAUGAGCUCACAUUGAACAUUGUUCAGUGGCUAUUUUAGAGUUUGUGUGAAAAGACGGACACUUGUUUGUGGUAUAGUGUUUUCAGCUAACGCAAAACAUCGCGCUAGUUUUACAUUGAGCGUACAGGACUUGAAGUUUGAAUACUUACAGUGACUUAUCAACAUCCGCAAACAUGAUUUCACCAGCAGUAACAUCAGUUACCGACAUGCCGACCGUCGUGCAACAGAAGCCGUUCCAUCGUCCCGGAUUCCCGCCGGAGUACCCGACGGUGCCGUCACCCAUCGAGCGCGGCCAUAGCUGCCCGACUUCGCCUGCAUCUCCCUGUUCUACGUCGUCGGAGCACGACUCGAGCCUGGAAAAGUCCGCGCCGAUGGACUCCGACCACUCGGAUGAAGGCAACAUGGAGGGACAUCAGUUCUACCGGAACCCACACGCUAUGGAUAAUGAUAUGUCUGGACUGGACAAUGGAGUGCGACGUUAUCGAACGGCGUUUACUAAGGAGCAGAUCGGCUUGUUGGAACGUGAAUUCAGCAAGGAAAACUACGUCAGCAGACCAAAACGUUGUGAGCUCGCUAAACAGCUCAAUCUCCCCGAGAGUACUAUCAAGGUUUGGUUCCAAAACCGUCGUAUGAAGGACAAGCGUCAGAGGAUGGCAAUCACGUGGCCGUAUGGAAUCGCCCCAGAUCCCCAGAUCUAUGCAUACCUCGCGGCCGCCGCCGCCACCUACCCGUACGCCCUUCCCAACCCGGCAUCACCCUACCCAUCAUUUCCUCAUCCGGGUCUAUACCAGUCGCCAGCGUCUUCUGCUUUCUCGCCACUUACAGCACCGGCAGCUCACAUGAAACCCAUGUUUGACACUCUGCCACCAUUUCCUGGUUCCCUAGGUGUACCAUCAUCUCUCGACCGACUGCCUACGUCACUUCCGACAUCAUCAGAACACGCAACAAUGGACUCGCUAUCUCAUAGAUAUAAAGCUGAAAGUGCAUCGUUAAAUGGAUUUCCAUCUAUGUCAACACUAAAGUCCUCGUGCCCAUGCGGUCUUCCCACAUGCUCGUUAUCCAAUGGAAUUCAUCCUAGCUUUCCUACGUCUCUUCCGUCUUCCCUUCCGGGCGGCCUUCAUCCCGCUCUUCAUUCAUCUUUGUCUACGUCACUUCCAGGAUUCAUGACGUCACCACUUAACCCACUUUUCUCUAAGGGAGACAUGGGCAAACACUAACUGAAUAGAAAAGACUGAUAAAACACGUGAUCUCAUUAUGUCGUCUGUCUUUUAAUGGUUUUCUUUAUACGUUCAACAUUCCUGACAACAACGAGACAGUGCUUGGCAUUCAAUUAUUUUAUACGGAUGUUGUUGUUUUUAAAUGGAAAUAAUAGUGCAUACUUACCGAUUGGAAUGACUAACUCAUUUUGUAAAUGUAUAUAAACUUACUACGCAUAUUUUCAUUACAUUUUUUAUACUGUUACAUUUGCAUUAUUUGUUUGAAAGUUAUUAUAUUCUUCUAUAUAUAGGAAUAAAACAUUGCAGCUUGACACAAAUUGUACAGAUUUCAUUGUUAAAUGAAUUAACUAUGUAGAUAAACUACUAUCAUUAAAAUGAUA